AUGGACCCCCUCACGGCUAUCAGCCUUGCCGGCAACAUCCUUACAUUCAUUGACUUUUCCUAUAAAGUCAUUUCCGGAGUAAAUAAGGUCCUUUCUACUUCGACUGGCAUGACCCCCGAGAACGAACGCCUGAGUGCUUUGGUGGAAGAUUUGAAUGUUGUCACACAGGACUUGGUCACGGACUUCCCCGCCCGGACCGAAAACGAAAAGCAGCUCUGCGCCUUGGCUGCAAAACAAACUGUCAUGCAUUGUCAGGAGAGCUCUAUCAAAUUCUCCGACUGGCAUAGUAUGCGGAAGGAGAAGGAGAUUGAUUCGAUUGAGCGACGACUGAAUGGGUAUCAAUCUCAGAUUAUGAUCCGAUUGCAAGUCAUGUUUAGUCAGAAAACCGAUGAGCAGAACUCUCUAGUCAAUUGCCAACUGGAGGCCCUUCGAAGUGAGGGCAAAGCUCUUCAAAAUCAGACAAUGCCCCAGCUAGAGGAAUUAUACCAGACUAUUUCCACGCUAGUGGAUUCCCUUCAGUCGGCUCCAGCACAAGAUAAAUCAUACGGGUCAAACGAGGGACCGUUGGCUAAAUUGGGCGCUUCGUUGCUCGAAUUCCAGACCGUGACUACUUCAAUCUCACGAGAAAACAAGAUCCUAGAGCGCCUGGCCUUUACAUCCAUGUACAGUCGCGAGAACAACAUUGAAAAUGCCGAGAGUGGGACUUUCGCGUGGAUGGUUGACGAGGAAUCUCAACCGGCAGAUGAUCGGAGCGACCCUUGUCUCGAGUCCGAAGAGUCCGAAGAAAAGCAUGACGAAGGGAGGGAAAAGAGGCGGUAUGAGGAAGAGAAGAAAAAGCAGGAGGCACUGCGAAGGUGUACUCGAGAAAAGUUUCUCACCUGGCUCGACUCUGGCCGUCACAUCUUCCAUAUAUCGGGCAAGGCAGGUUCCGGGAAAUCGACGUUGAUGAAGUUUCUUUCCAAGUCGUCUCGGGUCAAGAAGGGAUUAGAAAGCUGGGCUGGGGGUCGACCCUUGAUUUUUGCCCGAUUCUUCUUCUGGAAUUCGGGAGAUGAGACACAGAUGUCUCUCGAGGGCCUAUAUCGAAGUCUGCUAUUUGAAACAUGCAGGCAAAUCCCCAAUUUAAUUCCCCGGCUCUUCCCUGAGUUGUGGGGGAGUUCAAAUUUCGGAGUGGCCCCAAUUCGUUUCGAUGAAGUCAGGGACGCAUUCAAUCGCCUGAUCAAGGAAGCAAGCUCUUCGGAAAGCUACUUCUGUUUUUUCAUUGAUGGACUGGACGAGUUUGAGGGUGAUGAGGUCGAUCACUGGAGUUUUUCUCGAGAUCUUCAGUCUUGGACCGCACAAGCGGAGAAUAUCAAGCUUUGUGUCAGCAGUCGCCCUCAUAUUCCUUUUGUUCAAUCCUUCACGAAUGACUUGAAUCAUCAAGUUAGUAUCCACGAGCUCACUCGAGAGGAUAUUUCCAAGUUUAGUGUGGCCAUGUUUGAAAAGGACCCCAACUUCCAUCGCAUCAAGGACUCAUAUAAAGACUUGGUCAUUGAGAUUGUGAACGCCUCAGAUGGGGUAUUUCUCUGGGCACGGCUAGUUGUGCGCUCCCUCUUAAAGAGUAUAGGAUAUCAGGGCAGCGAGAAAGACUUGAAAAGGAAGCUUCACUUAAUGCCCAAGGGGCUGGAUGAGCUAUUCGAUCAGAUCCUUAGCUCCAUAGAUCCAGACGAUCAGCUGCUCUCGGACCAAUUAUUCCUCUUGUCGACUCCCAAUUUCUGCCGGUGGCAGCCCACGGUCCGGAAUGCGUUAGCAUACUCAUGGCUCGAGGACCUUGAGGAUCCAGGUUUUCCUUAUGAACUACCGAUGCGAUCAUGUACAGAGAGCGAGAUCAAUGAGCGACUUGAGCGUGUCUCGUGUGUGUUCGAUCGCCUUUCUCGGGGCCUGCUAGAGAUGUCCCGAAAGCGCAGUCGUGAAAGAGACGGACAUGAUUAUUUCACCUAUGAAGUGCGGUUUCUCCACCGCAGUGCCCGCGAAUACAUUGUGAAUAGCCGGGAAGCGCAAAUGCGAGCCCGUAUACCUGAUUUUGAUGUCUACUCCGGGAUAUUUCGAUUGUUACUUGCAGAAUUCAAAUUUGCGCUAUCCACACUACACGAUACCAAACCGAGAGUAUGGGCAAUUGGGGGAGAAGGCGGUACUUUGAGAAAGGCUCUCCAUGUGCUUUUUACCGCGAUGUGUGCUGCUCAUGAACAUUGCGGAUACGACGUGCCGUCGCGUUUCCUCGAGGAGGCCAGCCAUAUUGUUCAGCAUCACACCCAAACGGUAGAACCAAGAACACAAGUUCUCCCCAGAAAUGAGGUCCCAGAGCCUAAAGGUCACAUCUGGGGGGAGAAUUUGCAACGCAUUGGUUGUGAAUGGCGCACACUGAGAGAGUCGAAUCAUUCUCCCGAUUUUCUAUGCGAGGUUGUUUACCGCGGUCUACACCAGUUUCUCUCGCCUGAUCUGAUGAACCGCUUGAAACAGCAGAACUCGACCUCGGGUCCAAAUUUACUCCUUACUGCUGCUACUGGAUCUAAAAGCUGGGAAUUUGUACAGGAUCUCCUACAUGAAGGACGGACCCCUCGAGAGAUGGUGCCUAUGGAGCCGAUCCGUCCACUUGACAGGAGCAAUUUCGAGAGUUCCACAACAAUACCAGCCCCGCAAGCUACCGUUUCUGUGUGGCUGAUCUUCCUAUAUUGCUUUAUCGAGGAUUACUUCUUAGCUGGUCGUACUAGUGACCCGGAAAAUCGAUAUCUUGAGGAGUUCUUGCAGUAUGAUGUUGAUCGCGAUGUGCUGUUUGUCGUGAGAAUAUUUGCCUCGUCCGACAAACCAAACGAACAGGAGGAUGACGACCAGGCGCUUAAGAAAAGCAGCGGCGAAUCGGACGAAAGAGUGGCAUUUGAGUUGCUGGAAUUCCUAGAGUUGGUGGAACCAUCCAACUUAGAGACUCUUCGUAUGAAACUUUCGAGCAAGGGAACCCGAGAAGACCGACUAGAAGUGGCGCCUAUUUCCGGGCCUCCAAUUCUCUAUCAACGAGGCUCUCUGUCUAAGGCCCUUGAAGCAAUUGUGGCCUCGGGCAAUAUCGAUCGGCAUUUUGCGUUUGGACCGCAUCUCUGCCUCGAAAGUGUCAUCACCCCCUCCGAGCGGUUAGACGUGCCCUUCAGUUUCCGGAUCACCUAA